AUGGCCGGUUCUAAUAUCCAAUCGAAUCACGAAAGCUAUAAAUACAAUAUUCAAUCCGAUCAGCUGAAUAGUAUGGACUCUAACUACACAAAUGGCCUUCAAACAAUUAUUACGGGCGCGAACAUGGAUCAACCGAUUAGUAUGGGCUACAACAGCAUCCAUUCCUACCUUCACAGUCAAACGUCUCUCCAACCUCCCGGUCAAGAUUCUUUUCCUUCCGAUACCGGCCUUUCCAAUCACAACGGCAUUUACAUUGGUGUGAAUGAAUCGUUGAAUACCGAAAAUUAUGGAUAUAUCGAGAACAAUGAAAAUGCGGUCAACUAUUCAACUAUGAACCAUAAUUUGACCAACUACAGUCCACCUUCU